AUUGACAGAAACGAAAACACUCGUCACCAGCUGACAGGACAGGUUCUCGCGGAGGAAAACUUUAUCUCGUUCGCUGAAUCGAUUCGAGGAAGGUCUUUCCGCAGCUUCCGGAAGGCACGCUGUGUGGACAAGCUGCCCGUGUCAGGAGACGGAGUCUCGAUCCUCAAGAUGAGCGAGAUAGCAGCUGUGCUUCCAUGAAUCAGUUCCAACUUCGUUCAGGAGAACAAUGCUGAAGCAUCAGAACCACCAGAAUAGAUUCGUUCGGAUCACCGUGUGCGGAGCAAAAGGCAGCGGGAAAACUUCGCUCAUCGAGCAGCUGGUCUACGGUAUACCGCCGCAGAGGAAAUCACAACAGACAAUAGAAGAUAUAUACUGCUGCUAUGUGGAAACCGAACGAGGUAUACGUGAAAAGGUGUACCUCCACGAUACCCAGGGCAUCGAUUGCUCGAACUACGACAUUCCGAGAACCCUUAUGCCACACACCGACGCCUUUGUGCUGGUUUAUGCUGUGAAUGACAUGGAGUCUUAUAACAUCAUGGAGCAACUGAAGAAGGAUAUCGAUAAGAAUUUAUCGAAGAAAGAUGUCCAUUUCCUUAUCAUCGGGACUAAACUCGAUCUGGAUUCGAGACGCGUCGACGCCGGCACAGCGGUCAAUUGGGCGACCAGGGAGAAAGUUCGGUUAAUAGAAGUCUCCUCGUUGGACCGAAGGAGUCUGGUUGAGCCCCUGCAGUAUAUAAUGAGCAAGGUGAUUCAGACGCAAUCGAAAUCUACGUUCGGGCGACCGAAAUUGGGUGCACGAUCGAACACCAUUGCAAAUAUCAACGAUUGAGUUGAAUGAUCUGAGUUUGCGAAUCGAAUUGUGGGUCUGCUCGCAAUUUCCUAAUGGGCGGCAUGAAGCCUUGGGGUUUCCACAAUCGGGAAAGGACUUCUUUGUCGUUUUCAUCGCAAGUGUCUAUUACGUGUGUAAAUUAUUCCUUAGGGCUCACUUGAUUCGAACAGCUACUUCGGUUAGCAUUUGUGGGGAGCUUUUUGAGCCUAGUGUGGAAUGAUGUCUGUGAUGUGAACUGACGUGAUAUUAUUAUUAUGAGAAUAAAUCAAGUGUUCUGAA